AUUGUCAUUCCAUUAAAUCACUUUCAUUUUUUUUAUUGUUACUGUUCCAUUAACGUUUCAUCAUUUUAUGGGAUGCUAAAGCCGCUCCUGGGGGGUCACCUCUGUAACUGUUCUAAAUUGAUACAUUUAGUUGAUACUUUUCUUAUCUUUGUCGCUGCUGAGUAGAAGCCCUGAGUUUCAGUAAAGGCAGCUGUCAGACUUGAUACGAUAGUUGCUGAUAUUCCACAGAUACUGCUGAGAAAUGGAUCAACUAAUUGUAUCAAAUAAAUGUAGCAAAUUGUAACAGUUUAGAUGCACCUCAAUCACUGAGCUGCCCGACUCAAACACCAGAGACAGGAAUGGACUGCAGCUCGGGAAAAACGGUUGAAAAUAAAGAUGGAAAGCCGUCUGUUUCUGGGGGACAAUCUGAAAACAUCUCAACUGAAAAAAAAAGUCUUUACUAGUGAGAAGUUAAGCUGCAGUGAGUGUGACUGGCGUAUCGCUCUGGACUGAAGACUGGACGGCCUGGCUCAGAAUGAGGCAGCAUCCCAGCAUGCACUUCAGCAAGCCACAAUCUCUACGGCUUCACAGGACAACAGAGAGUGUGUGGAGUCACCUACAAGUGUUGCUAUGCACCCCUGUUCUGCCCGACAACAGCUGCAGGCAUCAGACAAAAUGACGGGCAGUAACCCUGUGUCUCCCGGCUCCAGUGCAGAGCUGUCCCCCUUUGACCUCUCUGGUGAAAUGGGGGACAAUGCUCGUGGCUCCCCCACUUACGAUGGGAUGGAUGGUUCCCUACAAGAUAACAGUGGGGGGCAGAAAUGGGACAGUCAACCGGAGAUUGCCGAACAAGCCAAACAUGAAGCCGAAAUUGAGAACCGGGUUGUGGAGCUGCGCAAGGAGGGGUUUUGGACUCUACGUCGACUCUCCAAGGUCCCUGAGCCAACACGUCCCAAAGUGCUCUGGGAUUACCUGUGCGAAGAGAUGCAGUGGCUUUCCGCAGAUUUUGCACAAGAACGCCGCUGGAAACGGGGAGUUGCCAGAAAGCUGGUACGGAUGGUUGUUCGUCACCACGAGGAGCUGAAGCAAAAAGAGGAAAGGGCACGGCGGGAAGAGCAGGCCAAGCUCAGGCGUAUUGCCACGACAAUUGCAAAGGAAGUCCGCCAGUUCUGGAGUAACGUUGAGAAGGUUGUUCAAUUUAAGCAACAAUCUCGACUAGAGGAGAAGCGGAAAAAAGCACUUGACUUGCAGCUGGAUUUCAUCGUGGGUCAGACAGAAAAAUAUUCCGACCUCCUCAGCCAGAGUUUAAAUGAGACGUUGCUCCCUGUUAGCAAGUCCAGCUCCUCCUGCAUUGGAUCUUCCCAGGGCGGUUCUUUAAGGACCAGCCCCACUCCAUCUGUCUACCAUAAUAAUGAUGGGGAUUUCUUGCCUCAUGAUGAGGAAGAUGAUGAAGAGACCAUAGAGAUAGAGGAGCGUCAAGAUGGGAAUGAUGCGGAGAGCCAGAGGCUGGAGAUAGAGCUUCUGAAAAAGGAGAGUGAACUUCCUUUGGAGGAACUGCUCCAGAGUUUGGGACCCAAUUUUCUCCAAGAUGUGGAUCCAGAUCAGGACUUGCAGGAGUCCGAUUCCCCUCGAACGCCCCAAGUCUUUGAGGAGGAAGAUGACGAGUUCACUGCUAACGAGGAAGAAGGUGAAGAUGAGGAGGAGACUAUUGAGGCAGAAGAAGCUCUAGACGGCCAGCAAGAUCAUACCGAGGAACUGUCUGAGCUUGCCAAAGAAGGAGAUAUGUCUUUAGAGGAACUACUGCAGAAGUACUCAAUGGUGCAGACAGAUGAGGGGAAUGUUGAUCCAAGUGAAGAAAGCCAGCAAUCUGACCAAUCAGAUGACUCUUCUCUAUGUGAGAAUUCUGACUCUGAUUCUGAAGGGGUUGAAUUUCUUGUGAAGCCAGAGGACAGUUCCAAUACGGAUUCGUUGCCUCCGGAGAUACCCGAACCUAAAAAAGAAAUCACUGAUAUUGCAGCGACCGCAGAGUCUUUUCAACCCAAAGGGUACACUCUGGCAACUACCCAGGUGAAGACACCAGUCCCAUUCCUCCUUCGAGGGGAGCUAAGAGAGUAUCAGCACAUUGGGCUGGAGUGGCUAGUUACCAUGUAUGAAAAAAAGCUAAAUGGAAUCCUGGCAGAUGAAAUGGGUCUGGGAAAAACCAUUCAGACUAUAUCCUUGCUAGCUCACCUGGCAUGCGACAAAGGUAACUGGGGACCUCAUCUGAUCAUUGUACCGACAAGUGUUAUCCUUAACUGGGAAAUGGAAUUCAAACGGUGGUGUCCCAGUUUUAAGAUCCUCACCUAUUAUGGAUCCCAAAAAGAACGCAAGCUUAAGAGACAGGGCUGGACCAAAUUCAACGCUUUCCACGUGUGCAUCACGUCUUAUCAGUUGGUGCUGCAAGAUCACCAGGCCUUCCGCAGAAAAAACUGGAUAUACCUCAUCCUGGAUGAGGCUCAGAACAUCAAGAAUUUCAAGUCCCAACGUUGGCAAAGCCUGCUAAAUUUUAACAGUCAGAGGCGACUUCUACUCACUGGGACUCCACUGCAGAAUUCUCUCAUGGAGCUUUGGUCACUCAUGCACUUCCUGAUGCCUCACGUCUUCCAGUCUCACCGUGAGUUUAAGGAAUGGUUCUCCAACCCCAUGACUGGCAUGAUUGAGGGCAGCCAGGAGUACAACGAGGGCCUGGUGCGCAGGCUGCACAAGGUAUUGCGUCCAUUCCUUUUGCGCAGGAUUAAACUGGAUGUGGAAAAACAGAUGCCUAAAAAGUAUGAGCAUGUAAUCUACUGCCGUUUAUCCAAGCGCCAACGAUUUCUGUAUGAUGACUUCAUGUCACAAGCAGCCACAAAAGAGACUCUGACCAGUGGACAUUUCAUGAGCGUGAUCAACAUUCUAAUGCAGCUGCGCAAAGUCUGCAAUCAUCCCAACUUAUUUGAUCCGCGCCCAAUCCACUCUCCUUUUAUCACAAGCACCAUUUGCUACACUACACCUUCCCUGGUUCUGCAAGCUCUUCAUCGUCACCCGCUCCAGCACGUGGACAUGUCCAAGUUCGACCUGAUUAAUAUGGAGGGACGAGUGUGCCGCUAUGGGAGUGAAGUUGCUCUACCGCAGUAUAAACCCUCACGUGCGCUAAUCCAAGAGAUCGCAGAUUCCCCAGAACCCCCUCCACGACUCCGUCCCCUUCGUAUGAAGGUUAACAGGAUGAUUCAGCCUGUUCCUAAAACAGACCCCAAGAGUAUUGUUGUUGUGAAUAGUUCUCGAGCAACACAGAAACCUUUGGAUCUGCCACCCUGCAUUGCCAACCCACCUUUGCCUUUUGCUCCGCACGCAAUACCUACUCCCAGCUCAUCUUCAUUGACAGGAGUUAUAGAACUAGUGUCACCUGCAAAGGCGACCCCAUUGGUUCAGGUUUCUGCAGGGCCAAUGGCUGCCAUUGCUCCUGGUACAAUAAGGCCUCCGUCUGUUCUGAGCUCCCAGCCUGGAAUUGGUGCCCAGCAAAGGUUAAUCCUAACACCUGACAUGCAGGCCAGGCUACCUUCAGGAGAAGUGAUUAAUCUGUCUCAGCUUGGGUCAGUGAGUGCAUGUCCUCCAGCCGUCACUAAACCUGUAACUCUGCAGCUGCAAGGUGCCAAGCUCACUCUGAGUGGUGCCCAAGUUCGACAGCUGGGAAUGGCUCAGACCCCACGCCCACUGCAAGGAAAUGUCCUUCACUUGGUGUCUUCUGGUGGGCAGCACCACCUGCUAAGCCAGCCCGCCCAGCUUGCUCUUCUCCAGGCUUUGGCUCAGCAAACCCCUGCUCCCUCUGCUUCUCCACAGUUUGUGCAGGGAGCAGGUACCGCUCAGCUUGGGCUUCAGACGGUCUCCCUGCAAUCUCUUCCUCAUUCUCUAAUCACAGGUGCCAACCUUCCUGUACCCCCUCCGCCUGGCACUCCAUCUGGGCAGGGUGUGGUGAAAAUUGUGGUUAGGCAAGCGACCCGUGAUGUUCCUGCAGCUGCACCUCGUCCAGCUCAACCUGUGCGUUUGCCACAAACCCCUUCUCAUCCUUUCCUGAGGGUUUUACCUGGGGGAGUCCCUGAGCCUGCAGGUGCACGAGUAGUUGCUGGUGAAAAACUAGCACCUAUGGUUGCAUCGUCUGCUCUCACACUGGCUACCAGCCCCCUGCUUAUGGUCUCCAGUCCUGCUGUGGCUUCAAGACUUCAAUCUCCAGUUCCAAACCCCCUACCCUCUAUCCAUAACCAUUCUAUGACCCCCAAUACAGAGUGUUCCAUGACCCCAGCUGCUCCUCAAGGUGUGGCCCUGCGCCUACUCACCACAGGGACCUCUGCUGCACUUCAGCUCACAAACCAUCGAUCUUCCCCACCAAGACACCGCCCUGCACUGCCGAACUGUCCACUACAAAACACUCUCCUCUCACCCAGUUCUCCAUGUCCAUCAGUAAUUCCUGACUCUAACCUGUGUCCAGUCUUACAGAAAAUUCCAAACGCCAAUACAACCUCUGCCUUAGGAAUAGUGUCUAAUGAUGUUCAUGCUUCACAAUUUGUUGCUAAUGGAAACUCUGUUGUCCUUCCUCAAACUCCAGUAACAAAAGAUCCUGCGGAUUCUACUCAGACACUACCUCCCCUGCUGCCGACUCUCUGCAUGCCUGGUACAAGCUCAGAUCCUGGAUUUUGUGUCAACCCACUGCUUAACAUGUCUCACAACCCUCCUUCCCCACCUGUGCUAUCCAGUCUUAAUCAUAAUAUUAAUACUCCUAAACUGGUACCUCCAACAUACAAUUUCAGCUUGGUUCCUGCACUACUUACCAACUCUGUCUCUUCCACUGCCUCCAGCUUUAACCCUGUGCCUGCACGUUUUAUAAGUAGCCCAGUCUCUCUCCUGGCAUUGUCAGCACUGCCCUCUGCAAAUAGCAGUGCAACUCCUAUCCUGUACCCUCAUCCCACUGCUAGUCCUGUACUCUCUCGUUCUUCCUCUUCACAGGUACAAGCCAAUCCUCCUGUUUCAGCAUCAAACACUCUUCCUACUCCUCUUUCCUCUGUAACUGUCAACACCACUACUGCUUCUGCUCCGUUACCCAUGCUCAGUGCAUCUCUCUCCAUCCCCAUCUCCACAUUAUCCUCCAGUGUUCCUGUGUCUCUCUCUCCAUUGGUGGCAUCUGCCUCUGGCAAUCUUUCAUUGAUUGCUGCAACUUCUGGGUCUUCUCCUUUAUUUUCUCUGACUUCUUCUGCUCCAUUGUCAUUGCCACUAGCUUUUGCAAAUGCCCCCUUGCCUCCACUUGAGGCAUCUACUCAACUGCCUGGCCAGGCCCCCAUAACCACCCCGCCUAUUGUUGCCCAAACCCCUUUGGCAGCCCUGGCAGCUGCUAGCCAGGCCUCUGCUGUUUUGGCCCCACCGAGGACUGCUUCCUCAGUCCCCUUGGCCCCACCAGUCACUACCAAGACCCCUGUGCCUUUGGCGGCUCUUUCCCAGGCCCCUCUAGCUGCCUUGACUCCUGUCCAGACAUCCACAGCUCAGUCACCAGGUCCUUUGGCUCAUCCAUCUCCAGAGCACUCCUCUAUGGCUGUCAUGUCCCAGGUCCCAGUUUCUUUGGCCCAGGCUGCCAUGUGUUCACAUCCUUUGGUCACCCCAGCUUCUAUAAAUGACACUCCAACUGCCCAGGUAACCACUACUGCUCCUAGCCAGGCUUCUGUUACUUUGACUCCUGUAGCAUCUGCCCAGGCCCCGGUUCCAGUUGGUGCCGCCCAGGCCCCGGUUCCAGUUGGUGCCGCCCAGGCCCCGGUUCCAGUUGCUGCCGCCCAGGCCCCGGUUCCAGUUGCUGCCGCUCAGGCCCCGGUUCCAGUUGCUGCCGCCCAGGCCCCGGUUCCAGUUGCUGCCGCCCAGGCCCCGGUUCCAUUUCCAUUGCUUUCUCCAGCUGCUGCCCAAGUCUCUCUGGCUGCUCCAUCUGUUUUGGCUUCCCCAGCCAAAUAUGAUAAAAUAAAAACAUCUGUAUCAGCCCCUGUGUCUCCAUUGGUAGCCUCCGCUUCCCUGCUAAUGGAAGCCUCUGAUUCCCCGUCAACAGCCUCAGUAAGUUCCCCUAUACCCUCAUAUGCAACUUCUAUUCCUGCCCCUGGAGCAUCUGUCCAGUUACCUUUGCAGUUCUCAUCUUUACCAGCUCACGUGUCUUCAGCACCUGCCCACAUGCCUUUACUGGCUGCCUCUGCAUCAACACCUAUUCCACCACUAGCCUCGCGUGUCUCUGCUCCUCUGACCCCUCUAGCAGCUUAUGCCAGCGUUCCUCUGCCCACCUUAGCGGCUAAUAUAACUGCUUCUCCCCUGCCAUCUUCAUCCUCCACUAUAUUCACCACGCAGUCCUUUUCUGCCCCUACUGCACAUUUGCCUUCUAACUUUGUUUCUGCCUCUUCGGCUGUUUUCACUGCUAUCACCACAGCAUCUUUGUCUUUAGGCACCUCUGCUACCUCUGCUACCUCCUGUGUUUCAGAUCCAGUGCCAUCACUAGUUUCCCCCUUUUCUGUUCCUUUAACUCCCAGUGCUCCCUCACCUGUAUCUGCCCCAGAUCCUCCUUUAUCCCUGUCCAUUGACGGCCCUUCAUCAUUUAGUGUAACUCUUGGCACUGCUCCAGAUCCUGAUUUAAUGCUGGAUGGAGAUGCUCCCCAUCCAACCAAUGCCCUACUUCUACAUGCCUCAAGACUACGCCGGCAGCUGCCACCACCACCUCGGUCACCUUUCUAUUUGGAGCCACUGGAAGAUCGGCGGCGCAAGCAAAAAAUGGAAAAACUGGAUAGACUCUUCCAUUUGAAUGAAAGGCGCUGUAAACUGCCUCCCAUUUAUGGCACUGAAGUCCUUCACUUCUGCACUCUACGCAAUACUGACUGGCGGUUUGGCUUCCCUAAUGACUUCCCCGGUCCCCAGAAUCUACACAAUUACUGGCUACGAACGGAUGCAUUGAGCAAGUUCAUUUUAACCCCAGAGCAGCGACUGGGGCAGCUUGGCCACAUCAUUGAAAGGUUCAUUGUCGCUAUGCCUCCUGUGGAGGCCCCACCGAUCUCCCUGCACACUUCACACCCGCCACCAUCAAUGCUGCUUCAGGAGUCGGUUUUCAGGGAGUCGCUGCGCAGAGAGUUGACUCCUCAUUCCCGCUGUUUACACCGCAUUGUGUCUAACAUGAGGACUCAGUUCCCAGAUCUACGGCUCAUUCAGUAUGACUGUGGGAAGCUCCAAACACUUGAUCGCUUACUGCGUCAGUUAAAGACCGAGGGACACCGGGUCCUGUUGUUUACGCAGAUGACCCGCAUGUUGGACGUUUUAGAGCAGUUCCUGAAUUACCACGGACACAUUUAUCUGCGACUUGAUGGGUCAACACGCGUUGAACAAAGACAGGUAUUGAUGGAGCGUUUUAAUAUGGAUCGUCGCAUCUUCUGCUUCAUCCUAUCAACUCGCAGUGGAGGAGUUGGAGUCAAUCUGACUGGUGCUGAUACGGUCAUCUUCUAUGACAGCGACUGGAAUCCCACUAUGGACGCCCAGGCCCAGGACCGGUGUCACCGUAUUGGUCAGACUCGUGAUGUGCAUAUAUACAGAUUGGUCAGUGAGCGCACUGUGGAGGAGAACAUCCUAAAGAAAGCUCAGCAGAAGCGAAUGUUGGGGGAUAUGGCUAUCGAAGGAGGAAACUUUACCACAGCCUACUUUAAACAGCAAACCAUCAGGGAGCUGUUUGACAUGGAAGAGCCCCCACCUAAGGUAGUGGAGUCCGGAGUUGCAUCUCCAGAGGAUGGCACAUUGGAAGAUGAAAGCACAACACAAAAUGCAAACAUUCUUGAACAGGCCCUCUGCAGAGCCGAGGAUGAGGAGGACACCUUAGCUGCCUCUCUGGUCCGUGCUGAGCAAGUUGCAGACCUUGCAGAGUUUAAUGAGAAUGCUCCUUUGGAACCUGAGGAGGAGGAACAAAGCAGGGCCGAGCAAGAAAUAAAUGCCUUGGUUGAUCAGCUGACUCCUAUUGAACGAUAUGCCAUGAUCUUUCUGGAAGCUUCACUGGAAGACAUAAGUCGGGAGGAGCUCAAACAAGCUCAGGAGCAAGUAGAAGCUGCACGAAAGGACCUUUUCCUGGCUAAAGAAGACACCGGCCCUUCUCUGGACGACACAUGGGAGGAAGAGAAUAGAAAGACACGCAGGGUACGAGCCCAGUCUUCCAGCAAACCACCAGGGGAGAGAGUAGGAGUCCGUGUGAGUGAGCGAUUGCGUGGAGCCAGGACAGCAGAUGGUUCAGACAUCACAGACAGUCCAGCCUUGCUUGAAACCUCGUCUCCUGACCAACAAACCUUGGAAGACAAUGCAUCCGUAAUCUCACAGACCGAGAACACAGUCUCAGAGUUGAACAUAUCUCAUAAGGAGGCCUCCAGCAGUCCAUCCCACCAGCCGUGUCCUUCAACCCCAUUAGCACCCACCACUUCUCCCCCAAAAGAAACCCCUCCGCAGUUGUCCUCUUCUGUGAAGGAAGAAAAUACAGACGAGUCUGCUGUAUCGGACAGUGAAAUACUGCUUGUGCCAAAAUCUGACCCCACCGCUUCCAGUGGAGUGCCCCAGGACCUGGAGAGCAGCACUCCUCGUACACCACGCAGGAAAGUUACUGCCGACUGUGAAAUUCGAAUGGCCGGUGCAGGGGACACGUCCCCAACUGAAAAAGUCCUGAGGCGGUUGCCUGGCCGGCUAGUGACUGUAGUGCAGGAGCGGCCGCCUGUUUUACGCCGACAGAAUCGCGGAAAAGCAAGUUGCCCUUCAGCUGAUCCUCAAAGCCCCUCUCCUUCCCACCAAUCAGAUGAUACAUCUGAGGCUGGCAGUCCCCCACCAAAGAGAAAAAGGGGAAGACCACCAAAGUCAAAAUUAGAAAUGUCUCCAACAGAGGCCGUGUCUAUAGGAAGUUCUGCAGUAGAAGAGUCUUCUGAUAUAGACGCUUCUCUGUUGGAAAAACCUUGCGACAAAGGCCUUUCACCCCCUGGACCUAAUUCGGAACUGCCCGUAUCCACUAAGGCAACCCAUGUACCAGGAAGUCCUGCGUCGUGUGCAAAAUCCAACUCUGACAUUGAAAAUGGUUCUUCACCUGUUGAAAAGAGGAAAAGGGGAAGGCCCCCCAAAAGGAGAGACAGUGUAACAACCUCUCCAGUUUCCCCUUUAUCUUCUGGCGAGACUACACUGGAGCUGCUCCCACCUUCUGUCCAACUCUAUACCAAUGUAACAAAAUCUCCUCCCAUCAUUCCCAUGGUUUCUUCCAACAUUCCUCAGGCGGGUGGGUGUGUGGAGGGGACCAGCAGCAGUGGAGGUGAUGGACCUUUAACCCCUCCUAAACGGAAACGUGGCCGCCCCCCUAAGUCACAGGUGAUGUCAAGUCCAAACUUGCACAAUGACAAAAGAGACAGCUCUCCUGAACGGUCACCCAGCCCCCACCACACAAAGUCUCCUCCGGGGAGGAAGAAGAAACAACCCUCCUCUUCUUCCAAGAAGGAUGAGGAGCUCACAGCUUCCGCUGAUACUGACAACUCCUCUGAGGAAGAGACUGUAAGGACUCCUCUCACCCGCAGCGCAAGGACACGUUUGCAGCCCAACCAGGUGCCACUUGUAUCCACUCCAAACCCAAAUUCUGCUGGUAAAUCCCUCAGAGGACGUUCAGCCUGUUCUCCCCACCUCCGAGGGAGACCUGGCAAAAGGAGUAAACCUCCCAAUAUAAGCUCCCCGAGUCCCCCAUCCUCUUCCCCCCACGGCAGUUCUAGUGAAAGACAGUCUAAUGGUGGGAGAAAGCGCCACUGCCCACCCGCAGAACAACGCAUUCUGCGCAGCUCACUCACAGCCCCUCCCUCCAGUAACACUCGCUCCGCCCGUCCCCCUCCCCCACUACCCAACUCUCCCAGCAGCCACAGAGUCAGAAAAGCCAAGACGUGAGUUUUUCUCCCAGGAUAUUUGGCUGUGUUUUACCCCCAGGUGAGCCGCCUCCCCUUGAACAGACUGGAGGGACAGGCGAGAGACUGCCCGAAAGCAGUAAAAUAAAAAAAGACUGCCCCAAAUGUGCUGCAACACAGAGUCACUGCCCGGAGAGUACUCUGUCCCAGCCCCAUGACUGAGAAAUAACCGAAAUCUAUGCAAAGAGGCUCGAGAGCCCGACAAGAGAAGCUGGAGUCAGAUUUGUUUUAAAAUGGUUUCACACGUUGAGUUAUCAAUGGGAGUUUCUGGGAUUUUGGGGGUGUUGGGCCCUGUAAGUAUUAGACAGACAACAGACUCGGGUUUCUGGAGCUUUGUCUGUCUCAGGCCUGUGGGUCCCCGAGAACUGGAUGUUUGGGCAUGUUUCUACACAAGUCCCUGUACUUUCAUGAAAAUAAAGUGUUGAGUAAAA